ACGUCACUUCCGCUCAGCUAGGCCCUCGCUCUUCUGGUGUGGGAUGAAGCAGUAGGAGCGCACCGCUGUGACUUAUUUUACUUUUAUUACUAUAGAAAAUACACGUUCGUUUCGAAAUGUACCACAAAAUCAGCGGAGUGACGGGAAAACUGACGGGAUGCACCCCGGCGAACGCUUACUGUCCCCAGGGGUUGAAACCCACCAUACCUUCCCAACCCACACCUAUGAUCUUCGCCGUGCCCACCAAGGUGGUGUCUGAAGCGGGACCUACAGUCGAGUACAUGGGAUCUAACAAAGUCCCGGAGCUGCAAAAACUCUUUCAGAAAGCUGACGGAGUGCCAAUUCACCUGAAACGUGGAGUCAUGGACCGGCUACUGUACAGGACGACGAUGGGCCUGACGAUUGGUGGAACCUUGUACUGCUUAGUGGCUCUGUAUUUUGCUGCUCAGCCCAGAAAAGUUGAGUAACUUGAAUAACCUUCCCUCUGGAGCAACAAAAUGGACCAUUAAGACUGCACUCUCAAAGACAGUUUGCAUCAUUGCUUUGGGUCUGCAAAAUGUUUUCACCUCCUCUGAAAGUUUAAUUUAUAUAGCCCUCAAGAUUACUUGCAAGCACAUGUUUUUAGAAAUCGGUCAAAUUAGAAGCAACAGCUAAUUUAUAGGAUUAUGGUAUAGUUGUGAUACAUGCUGUAAAGAAGGUGCCUGCUUUAGGUCUGGAAAGGUGAUGUUUUAAACAUAGAAAUGUGUUAAAAAACUAACCAACCCUCCAGGUGGCUUGUAUGCAGAGAUGGUUUCAAUGACAACAGAGUGCAAUGUGAAAUUAUGAAAUAAAUCGGAACUGUGCCAGCAAGUUUUGUGUGUUACAGAAUACUCAUGGACAGGGUUUCUGUUGUGUUUAAGAAAUUAUGUAAUUCUCACUCACUAAAGAUCAGAAUGUCCUUUUCAGGUGUUCAGAUACUCUUUACUUGGCUGUGAAUGAUGUCCUUGUAACUUUUCUUGAGAAAAUAAAUAUUUUGUUCAUAAAAAGGCA